AUGACGGGCGCGACCAGGGAACUUACAGCGCGCGCGUCCAGGCGAGGACGCGCGCUCGCCUGUGAUCAAACGUCGUUUCCGAUGUCAGGCUUUGUUCCGAUCAAUCGACCAGACCGGAAAACGACUCUUCCAGCAAGCACGGCACCGCCGAAGGAAGAACUCCCUGGACGAAUACCACGUACGAGCGGAUCUACUCCGCAGGACCAAAGGGAACCUGCCUCGGCUGCAUCCAGCACGAAAGAGCAGAUCGAUGCUUCGCACAGCAGGGAGCCCCCUAAUGACAGGAGCCGAGGGCGCGAGGAGAACAAAAUUCAGCCUGCCUCCGCUGCAUCCAGCACAAAAAUCAAUACUUCGAGCAGCAAAGAGGGCCCUGAUGGCAAGAUCCAAGAGCGCGAGGAGACUGGGCAGGACAAGCAAGCACAGAAGGUAGAGAAAAGCCUCGAGCAGCCUGCAGUCACUUCGGCACAGGUCCUCGCCUCCAGUGGCCAGAACGAAGAUGGUGAGAGCGACGAAGACUCACUUCCCAGACUGAGGACUCGCCGGCCAAGAGGGCAAUCCCCGCGGAGCAGCGCUGCUGCUGCCAGCGACAGCGAGGAAAGCCGUACUCCACCCAGGAGGAGAUUACGGCGUCCACAGCGCCUGCCAAGCCCGCAGCCGACCCAAAGUCCCUCCCCAGCACCCACUUCCACGCCGCCGGUACAGCUUGAAGAUCGAAACUGGGCAGUGCUUGGCAUUGCUGGUGCCCGCAAGUGCGCGGACAUCGAACAAUACCUGACGAUUUGGGGCAACACAACUCAUCGUUUGCCGACCCUACAGGCCAACGCGAAUGGAACUUAUUCGAUUGAGGUUGAUGGAAGAAUUUGCGAAAUCGAGGACUUCGACAAGCCACAUGUCCCUGGCGAUGAUACGGAGCUUCAGGUCCGAUGGAAACAAGAGUGGUUGUACACCUGGGAGCUCUCCGAUGCGCGCAGAACAGUCGUUGAGUUCAAUUUAGGGAGAGGAGCCGGACCGGUGCUGGAUCCUGACCACGUCGCGGGCUAUCACUCUCCAGAGCCCGAGGCAGACACGACCAAGCGAUGCAAGAUCGAUUUCGCAGCCAAGCUGCGCUUCACCCCUCACACAGACGAAGACUACACUGCUAGUCUGAUGUGGCGAUGCAUCGAAAGAUGCGAGCAAAGGGCCAACCAUGACAAGCUGUCGGACUACUUCAUGCGGACGGCCCUUGACGAGCUCCCCCGUCAACGUCUGGUUCUGCGUCCUCGCUGGCGUACUGACGAAAAGAGCGACGAGUACAACGACGUGCUUGAACUCAGGGAAGAGGUUCUGCUUCGGGCUUGCUUGAAUUAUGUGGUAGGUCAGGCGCGUAGAACCGAGUGCUCAUACUGUCAGGAACACUGCGGCCCAUUUCGGAGGUGCGUGACAAGAGCGGCGAAUCACGAAGGUGCCUGUACGAACUGUGCCUUGGCGGGACGGAGCAGGCAGUGUGAAUAUUACAUCAAAGGUUUGUCAUGCACGAUGAUUGACUGUGCGUGCGUGCUGAUCAGUCUAGACCGCUGGGCGCACGAAGACAAGCUGCGAGCAGCAGCCGAUCCACAAACUCCUGACUCAAGAAGUCAAGUCACUGACGACGCCGAUGACGAUUUGGAAGAGGAUUUAUACUACUCUUCACCAUUACCAGCUUCUGGUCCUCAGGCUCAACAUGCCAACCGCUCAGCAUUUUUGACGCCGCCAAUAUCCUCACCUCCUCAGAAUCUGUUUGCCGGUGCGGUCAAAGCGGAUGCGAGUGGUCGAACCUUUGCUGAAGUGAGCGACUUGGCCACCUCACUCUUGGAGUCUCUUGGAGACCAGCAGCUCCCCGCGGGCAAGGACCGUGGUGAUACGGAUUCCGCUACUCUUGCAAACCUUUUCGGAGACAAUGCCUCGGCGUCGCUGGAGAAUGAUACCACGCUGCAAACCGGCAGUGGCCCAGAGGAGGGUCACUCGUCUCGGGCCAAAUCAGAUGUAUCAGCGCGGCCCUCUCCUGAAGCCCGGCGGAAGGAAGAUGCCAAAAAGGAGGGAAAAGCCAUCAAGCGAAAACACAGCACCUCAUCGAUCGACCUAUUGCGGCAGAAUCAGCCCCGCCGGCAGCACAAAGUGGCCAGGACUGCUGAGCAAGCAGAGACGGAAUCCACACGUCCUCAUGUUGGGCAUGACCAUGACCCGCCUCCCGGUCCAAGUGGAGACGACGACAUGACCCCCAUGACUUCGAGGUCAAGACCUGAUGGCAACGAGUCGCAGCAGCCUUCUGCACUGAAUGGCUCUUCACAAUCCCUUCCAAUUCGUAGCGCGGCAUUGGUACACCCACCAUCUCACUGCGAAGCUGGCACUUCUGCUCCCCAUAAAGCAGCAUCGGCGGCCAAACGAGGCCAUGACCCGGAUCCACAUGCUCGGCUCGCACACAAACGAGACCGACAGCGACCACACGCUCAUUGCAGUCCUCGCGGACCAUGUAUCGAUCCCGUCCUCAAUCCUCCCCUUCCCAGGACCGAGCACGAAUCACCCGUCGUCAUCUAUCGCGAUCGUGACCAGCUCUUCGCCAAAAGCGAGCUCACCACACCACAAGUUCGCUACCUUCUGAGCCUCACACCUUGCAACAUGAUCGAUUGCUUCACUCGCGGGUGGCAUGAGUUCGCGGAAGAAUUGAAGGGGAAGAAGGGCUUCGGGCCACAGUACAACAAGGAAUGGUUUCUCUCCCGUAGCUGGACGCGGGAGCUCAAUCAGAUCGUGAGAGACAGAUGUCCGUUGGACCCGAGGAGGCUUGGGCGGCCGGUGGUGAUUGAUCUUACCAUGGAUGAUUGA